AUGACUUCAAACUACAUCACCAAGGUUGCCAUCGCCGGAGCCAGUGGAAACAGCGGUAAAGUCAUGACAGAAGCCCUGCUCAAAACGGGAAAACACACAAUCACAGCCUUGACACGGGCUGAGAGCAAGGGCAAGCUACCCGACGGUGUGAUCUCCAAGCCUGUCGACUAUAGCAAGCCGGAGACUAUUGUCGAGGCACUCAAAGGCCAGGAUGCUCUUGUUAUAGCUUUGAAUGGAUACACGCCUCACGAAAUUGAUCUGGCGCUUUUCAAAGCUGCUGGCGAGGCCGGCGUUUCGUGGAUUUUACCAAAUGAGUGGGCGCCGGAUACUGCGAAUGAGAAUCUGAUUAAGGACAUUAUGUUGUUCCCCUCAAAGGAAAUCAACCGCAAAGCCAUCGCGGAUCUCGGCCAAAGCUCCUAUGUCGCUGUCAGCACAGGCUUCUGGUACGAAUGGAGCCUGGCAAUUCCAUCAGCCUACGGUAUCGACUUGAUUAAUCAUACAGCUACAUUGUUCGACGAAGGCGAGACCAAGAUCUCCACUGCGACUUGGCCGCAGGUUGGUCGGACUGUUGCUGCUCUUUUGAGCCUGCCUAUCACGGCCGAAAAUGGUCCCUGUCUGGAUGAUUUCAAAAAUCAGCUUGUCUAUGUGGACUCGUUUACUGUUAGUCAGAAAGAUAUGUUGGAGUCCGCGUUCAGAGUCACUGGGACUACGGAGAAGGACUGGACUAUCACGAAAGAGUCUGCCAAGGAGAGAUACGAAGGUGGAUUGAAGGCCAUGCAGGAGGGUGAUCGAAUUGGGUUUGUGAAGAUGCUAUAUACUCGUAUUUUCUUUGAGGAUGGAGCUGGUAAUAUUGAGUCUAAGGGUACGGUGAAUGAGUUGCUUGGUUUGCCGAAGGAGGACAUUGAUGAGGCGACGAAGGUGGCACUUGAGCGCUCGAAGACCUCUCCGUGGAGUUGA